AUGGCCAAAGAACCGCCCGCUUCAUCUCCCUCGGAGACUCCGCUGAAACGGUCCACCUCCAGCACUCAGAAUAUGAAAAACCAAAAGUCAAUACUGGGGUUUUUCCAGAAAUCCUCGCCAUCAACACCCUCAACACGCAAUGCGGAGCCCGCGUCUUCACCGGCUCCGAGAGCAUCGGCUUCUCGCCCUGUCCAGCGCGGAGAGAAGUCCGGCAAGAUUGCCUCCAAGUUCACACAGGACCUGGCGCCUGUACCAAGUAGUGAAUUGGGACUACCGGAUGAGGAGGAUGAUAAGAAGCAGAUUAGCCCUGAAGAAGACUCGAAAAAGGCGACGACUUCUCCAUCACGCAGGUCAGCGAAGAAAGUUAACUAUGUCGAAUCGGACUCCGAGGGUGAAGACGACGACGAAAUAUUUCGUCCUGCUCGAAAGAACAACCGCGCUUCGAAAAGGAGAAAGGUGUCGCCGGAAAGCGAUGACGACUUUGAGCAGGAUGUGCAGAAUGGAGUGGAAUCCGAUGACGAAAUGGACGACUUUGUUGUUCCGGACGCUUCAGACGAGGAGGUUAAACCAUCAAAAAAGCGCAAAAGACCAGCUACACAGUCAAAGGCCAAGUCUUCAUCUUUGCCUCCACCAUCUGAGGUUGAUGAAGAUCUUGACUUGGAUCUCCCUGACUCCUCGUCAGGCACUGCCUUGAAGUGGACAUAUGACCCAGAGAAUAUGGAACCUCGUCAGGCUCGCGCAGCACCCGCAUCUACCAGCAAAUCACCAUCAAGUACCGCCAAACCCAAGGCUCAUACCACUGAGCCUGAGCAACGCUAUCCUUGGCUUGCUAAUCUCCGGGAUAUUGAUGGCCAUCCUAUCGGUGACCCAGAAUACGACCCUCGCACCCUGUACAUCCCUCCUCUUGCCUUCUCCAAGUUCUCCCCCUUCGAGAAGCAGUAUUGGGAGAUAAAACAGAAGUUCUGGGACACUGUUGUCUUUUUCAAAAAGGGCAAAUUUUACGAGCUCUACGAAAAUGACGCCACAAUUGGACACCAAUUGUUUGAUUUGAAGCUCACUGAUCGCGUGAACAUGCGCAUGGUUGGAGUUCCGGAAUCUAGUUUGGAUCACUGGGCCAAUCAGUUCGUAGCGAAGGGAUACAAGAUUGCGAGAGUUGACCAAUCUGAAUCAGCUCUUGGAAAGGAGAUGCGCGAAAGGAAUGGUAAGAAGGCUGGUGGGAAGGAAGACAAAAUCAUCAAACGAGAAUUGGCCUGUGUUCUUACAGCAGGCACGCUUGUUGAAGGUGCUAUGCUUCAAGACGACAUGUCAACAUACUGCGUUGCCAUCAAAGAAGCUAUUAUCGAAGAUCGUCCGGCUUUUGGAAUCGCCUUUGUUGACACCGCAACUGGCCAAUUCUUCCUUUCAGAAUUCGUUGACGACAUGGAUAUGACCAAGUUUGAAACUUUCGUUGCGCAAACACGGCCUCAGGAGCUACUUCUUGAGAAGUCAACCGUGUCACAGAAAGCGCUCCGCAUAUUGAAGAACAAUACUGGCCCCACGACAAUCUGGAACUAUCUGAAACCGGGUAAAGAGUUUUGGGAGGCCGAUAUUACCGUCAAAGAGCUUGACGUGAGCGAGUACUUUGUCUCUCAGGACAAUGACAAUGUCCAUGCAUGGCCAGAUGCUCUCCGCCGGGCCCGUGACAAAGAGUUUGUCAUAUCAGCUUUCGGCGCGUUGGUACAGUACCUCAGACUCCUGAAAAUCGACCGGGAUCUGGUCACAAUUGGAAAUUUCUCUUGGUAUGACCCAAUUAAGAAAGCGUCUAGCCUAGUCCUGGAUGGCCAAACCCUCAUCAACAUGGAAAUCUUCGCGAACUCGUUUGAUGGCGGCAUCGAUGGAACACUCUUUCAACUCCUCAACCGUUGCAUGACACCCUUCGGGAAACGGAUGUUUAAGCAGUGGGUAUGCCAUCCGUUAAUCGAUCCCAAGCGUAUCAACGCUCGACUAGAUGCCGUAGAAGCCCUGAACGCUGAUUCUAGCGUUCGGGACCAAUUUUCCUCGCAACUCACCAAGAUGCCUGACCUCGAGCGUCUUUUAUCGCGCAUACAUGCUGCGAACUGCAGAGCUCAAGAUUUCGUGCGAGUACUCGAAGGUUUUGAGCAGAUCGAGUAUACCAUGAGCCUGCUCAAGGACAGUGGUUCUGGCGAGGGUGUUAUUGGGCAGUUGAUCAGCUCCAUGCCUGAUUUGACUGAAUUGCUAGAGUAUUGGAAAACUGCAUUUGACCACUCUCAAGCAAAGGAAAACGGCAUACUUGUCCCCAAGCCAGGAGUCGAAGAGGAUUUCGACAACUCUCAAGAGAACAUCAAGCAGCUACAUCAAGACCUUGACGAUCUCUUGAAACGGGUUCGGCGUGAGUUAGGCUCUACAGCCAUCUGCUACAGAGACAACGGGAAAGAGAUUUACCAGAUGGAAGUACCAAUCAAGGUCAAAAAUAUCCCCAAGAAUUGGGACCAGAUGUCCGCCACCAAGCAAGUCAAACGCUACUAUUUCCCUGAAUUGCGAACGGCCAUCCGCAACCUGCAGGAAACGCAGGAAACACACAGUCAAAUCGUCAAAGAAGUAUCCAAACGGUUCUUUGAACGAUUUGACGAGCAUUAUGCCACCUGGCUUUCUGCUGUACGGGUUGUCUCACAGCUGGACUGCUUGAUCAGUCUGGCCAAAGCUUCUUCAAGUCUGGGUGAACCGAGCUGUCGCCCUAUAUUCGUUGACGAAGAACGAAGUGUCCUGGAGCUUGAGGAGCUUCGGCACCCUUGCCUCCUUUCAUCUGUUGAUGAUUUCAUUCCUAAUGACAUUCAACUGGGUGGCAAUUCCCCCAAUAUUGACCUACUUACUGGUGCUAACGCUGCCGGAAAGUCCACUCUGCUUCGCAUGUCUUGCGUUGCUGUAAUCAUGGCCCAAAUUGGUUGUUAUCUACCCUGCAAAUCCGCCCGGUUAACACCAGUCGACCGCAUCAUGUCGCGCCUCGGAGCCAAUGACAAUAUAUUCGCUGCCCAAUCCACCUUCUUUGUCGAGCUCUCAGAAACUAAGAAGAUCCUUGCGGAAGCUACCCCUCGCUCCCUUGUCAUUCUCGAUGAACUAGGCCGUGGAACUAGUUCUUACGAUGGAGUCGCAGUUGCCCAGGCCGUGCUGCACCACGUUGCAACCCACAUCGGCGCUUUAGGCUUCUUCGCCACACACUACCACUCUCUCGCCGCCGAGUUCGAAAACCAUCCUGAGAUCUCACCCAAACGCAUGAAGAUUCAUGUAGACGAGGAUGAAAGACGUGUCACCUUCCUCUAUAAACUCGAAGACGGUGUUGCGGAGGGUAGUUUCGGCAUGCACUGCGCUGCUAUGUGUGGUAUAUCAAACAAAGUCAUUGAGAGGGCCGAGGUCGCUGCUAAGCAGUGGGAACAUACGAGCCGGCUCACGGAAAGUCUCGAGCGCCGCAAGGGUGGCGGGCUCGUUGGCCUCGGCUGGUGGAGUGACAUUGCCUGGGCUCUUCGCGAGACAACCAAGGAGGCGGAUGAUGAUAAUCCAGCCGAAAUUACUGAUAGAAGCUUAGAGGUUCUUCGGAGAGCCAUUGAAGCCCUGUGA